CCCGCUUCCGCUUCCGGUGUGAGCAGCCGGGCCGGGGGGGCAAGAUGGCGGCGGCAGUAGGGGUCCGCGGCCGGUGCGAGCUGCCGCCUUGCUCCGGCCCAGGCUGGCUCCUCAGUCUUUCCGCCUUGCUGAGUGUGGCGGCUCGAGGGGCCUUCGCCACCACGCACUGGGUCGUCACGGAGGACGGGAAGAUCCAGCAGCAGGUGGAUUCGCCGAUGAACUUGAAGCAUCCCCAUGACUUAGUCAUAUUAAUGAGACAAGAAACAACCGUUAACUACCUCAAAGAAUUGGAGAAGCAAUUAGUUGCUCAAAAAAUUCACAUAGAAGAGAAUGAGGACAGAGAUACAGGACUGGAACAGAGACAUAAUAAAGAAGAUCCAGACUGCAUCAAAGCCAAGGUGCCCUUAGGAGACCUGGAUCUCUAUGAUGGCACAUACAUAACUUUGGAAAGCAAAGACAUCAGCCCUGAAGAUUAUAUCGACACAGAAUCUCCUGUCCCUCCAGACCCUGAGCAACCUGAUUGUACCAAAAUUCUAGAACUUCCAUAUAGUAUACAUGCUUUUCAGCACCUGCGAGGUGUACAAGAGAGAGUUAAUCUUUCGGCACCUCUGUUACCUAAAGAAGAUCCAAUCUUCACAUAUUUAUCUAAACGACUAGGAAGAAGUAUAGAUGACAUAGGCCACCUCAUUCAUGAAGGCCUACAGAAGAAUUCUUCCUCAUGGGUACUGUAUAACAUGGCUUCAUUUUACUGGAGAAUAAAGAAUGAGCCAUAUCAGGUAGUGGAAUGUGCCAUGCGAGCACUUCACUUCUCUUCCAGGCACAAUAAAGACAUUGCUCUGGUCAACUUGGCAAAUGUUCUGCACAGAGCUCACUUCUCUGCAGAUGCUGCUGUUGUGGUCCAUGCAGCUCUGGAUGACAGUGACUUCUUCACCAGCUAUUACACUUUGGGAAACAUAUACGCAAUGCUGGGGGAGUAUAACCACUCAGUGCUCUGUUAUGACCAUGCUUUGCAAGCCAAACCUGGGUUUGAGCAAGCUAUAAAGAGGAAGCAUGCUGUCCUGUGUCAGCAAAAACUCGAGCAGAAAUUGGAAGCUCAACAUAGAUCCCUCCAGCGAACACUGAAUGAGUUGAAAGAAUACCAAAAACAGCAUGACCACUACUUGAGACAGCAGGAGAUCCUAGAGAAACAUAAGCUGAUUCAGGAGGAGCAAAUCUUAAGAAAUAUCAUCCAUGAGACACAGAUGGCAAAAGAGGCACAAUUAGGAAAUCAUCAGAUAUGCCGGCUGGUCAACCAGCAGCAUAGUUUACACUGCCAGUGGGACCAACCUGUGCGCUACCAUCGUGGAGACAUUUUUGAAAAUGUGGACUAUGUUCAGUUUGGUGAGGAUUCAUCAACCUCCAGUAUGAUGUCUGUGAAUUUUGAUGUUCAGGCAAAUCAGAGUGAUAUCAGUGAUUUGGUCAAGUCUUCUCCUGUAGCCCAUUCCAUUCUCUGGAUCUGGGGCAGGGAUUCUGAUGCAUAUAGGGACAAACAGCAUAUUCUGUGGCCUAAAAGAGCAGAUUGUGUAGAAAGUUAUCCGAGAGUCCCUAUUGGUGGGGAAUUGCCAACGUAUUUUCUGCCUCCGGAAAACAAAGGACUCAGGAUCCACGAACUCAACAGUGAUGAUUAUUCUUCAGAAGAAGAGGCCCAAACCCCUGACUGUUCCAUAACUGACUUCAGAAAAAGCCAGACUCUGUCCUACUUAGUCAAAGAAUUAGAGGUCCGCAUGGAUCUGAAAGCCAAAAUGCCAGAUGACCAUGCACGAAAAAUUUUGCUUUCCCGUAUUAAUAACUAUACUAUCCCAGAAGAAGAAAUUGGGUCUUUCUUAUUUCAUGCUAUUAAUAAGCCAAAUGCUCCUGUCUGGCUGAUACUCAAUGAAGCUGGACUCUACUGGAGAGCAGUAGGAAACAGCACGUUUGCUAUUGCUUGUCUUCAGAGGGCUUUGAAUUUGGCUCCACUUCAGUACCAGGACAUUCCUCUUGUGAACUUGGCCAACCUUUUGAUUCACUAUGGCCUCCAUCUUGAUGCCACUAAGCUGCUACUUCAAGCUUUGGCCAUCAACAGCUCUGAGCCCCUGACCUUUUUGAGCCUGGGAAAUGCUUACCUUGCUCUGAAGAAUAUCAGUGGGGCACUUGAGGCCUUUAGACAGGCUUUGAAAUUAACUACCAAAUGCCCAGAAUGUGAAAACAGCCUGAAGCUGAUUCGCUGUAUGCAGUUUUAUCCUUUUCUGUACAACAUCACCUCUUCUGUUUGCAGUGGUAAUUGUCAUGAGAAAACCCUGGACAACAGCCAUGACAAACAGAAAUAUUUUGACAACUCACAGUCACUGGAUGCUGCUGAAGAAGAGCCCUCUGAGACAGGAACAGAGGAGGACCCUGUACUCUCUGUUGAGAAUUCAGGGAGGGACUCAGAUGCCCUUAGACUUGAAAGUACAGUGGUUGAGGAGAGCAAUGGUUCUGAUGAGAUGGAGAAUUCAGAUGAAACAAAAAUGUCUGAAGAGAUACUGGCUCUGGUGGACGAAUUUCAACAGGCAUGGCCUCUGGAAGGCUUUGGGGGAGCACUGGAGAUGAAAGGGCGGCGUCUAGACUUGCAGGGGAUACGCGUACUGAAGAAGGGUCCCCAGGAUGGAGUGGCCAGAAGCUCUUGCUAUGGAGACUGCAGAAGUGAAGAUGAUGAAGCAACAGAAUGGAUCACAUUCCAGGUCAAACGUGUAAAGAAACCCAAAGGAGAGCAGAAGAAAACCCCUGGCAAAAAGGUAGAACCAAAUCAAGCAGAAAAUGUGCAUUGUUACCAAUCAAACCUGGAGAUCACUGGCCCAAAGGUAGCAUCUCCUGGGCCACAAGGGAAAAAGCGUGACUACCAGAGUCUGGGAUGGCCCAGCCCGGACGAGUGCCUCAAACUCCGCUGGGUAGAGCUGACUGCCAUCGUGAGCACCUGGCUCGCGGUUUCUUCAAAAAACAUUGACAUCACAGAACACAUAGACUUUGCCACUCCGAUACAGCAGCCAGCGAUGGAGCCUCUUUGCAAUGGCAAUCUUCCUACGAGCAUGCACACCCUGGACCACUUGCAGGGGGUCUCCAACCGGGCCAGCCUGCACUACACGGGUGAGAGCCAGUUAACAGAGGUAUUGCAAAAUCUUGGCAAAGACCAAUAUCCACAGCAGUCACUUGAACAAAUCGGCACCCGAAUUGCCAAAGUUUUGGAAAAGAACCAGACAUCCUGGGUCCUUUCCAGCAUGGCAGCCCUCUACUGGAGAGUAAAAGGCCAAGGAAAGAAGGCUAUUGACUGCCUCCGCCAGGCCCUCCACUAUGCUCCACACCAGAUGAAGGAUGUGCCCCUGAUUAGCCUGGCUAAUAUCUUGCACAAUGCCAAGCUCUGGAAUGACGCUGUCAUAGUAGCCACCAUGGCAGUAGAGAUCGCACCGCACUUUGCUGUGAACCACUUCACGCUGGGCAACGUCUACGUGGCAAUGGAAGAGUUUGAAAAAGCACUGGUGUGGUAUGAAUCGACGCUGAAGCUGCAGCCUGAGUUUGUUCCGGCCAAGAACCGAAUCCAGACUAUCCAGUGUCACUUGAUGCUGAAGAAGGGACGGCGCUCUCCCUAGUGCAUCCCUCCUCUCUCUCUUUCUCUCUUUCUCUCUCUCUCUCUCCCUUCAUGCUCUUAAAAAAAAAAAAAAUAAGAAAAGAAA